GGGCGGGGCCGGGGUGGAGGAGGCCCUCCCCCUGGGCUGAGAGGAAGAGAUAUUGGCAUGUGGUAUGCCCAGAAAUCCAAACAGAAGACUCAAGAGAGAGAAGAAAGAGAGAAAAUGGUUGUUACACUGGAUAAGGAGCAUGAAAGAGAGAUCAGUCGUCUCUUACGAGAUUUCAAACAUGAAGACAGCAUAAGACCUCAACCUUCACAGAGCUAUGCAGACCCUAACCACCAAAUCCCUGCUUCCAAAGCCAGCAAAGGACACCCAAAAACAGGUUUCAUCAGCUUUGAUAGCCCAAAACCUAAACAUAUCAGAUGGGUAUCUGAAAUCAAGAAAGAAAGUGCAGGGGCAUCCAAUGGCGAUGCUGUAGAUAAGUUUUACAAAGACAUGGAUGAUUAUCAAGAGGAAGCUUACGAGGAACUUUAUAAAAGGGAGGAAGGUGAAAGUGAUUUCAUUGCAGAGUUCAACAGUCAUAAUGAAGCUAAUAGGAGAAGCCAAGAAAGUCUACCAGAUAUGAUGGCAUUCCAAGGUAUUCAGAGAGUUAAGAGCUUGGAUCAGAGUCUGUUAGAUGAUCACCACCACAAACUCACUAAUGAUCAGACAUUCAGGGAAAUGCAGGAUAUCAGGCGGAAACUUCCAUCAUAUAAAAUGCAAAAGGAUAUAGUGCGUGUUGUGCAAGAAAACCAGGUGACUGUUAUAAGUGGAGAAACAGGAUGUGGAAAGACCACACAGGUUGCCCAGUUUAUCCUGGAUGAUUUUAUCACUAGAGGAAUGGGGUCUAUGUGUAGAGUGGUGUGUACUCAGCCUAGGAGAAUAAGUGCAAUUUCAGUAGCAGAGAGAGUAGCAGAGGAGAGAAACGAGCGAUGCGGAAAAGAAAACAGUGUAGGCUACCAAAUAAGAUUAGAAUCUCAACUUCCAAGAAAGAAAGGGUCCAUUCUGUACUGCACAACAGGAAUUAUGCUGAAAUGGCUGCUAAGUGACAAUUAUUUGCAAGACACAUCCCACAUCAUCCUAGAUGAGGUUCAUGAACGUGACUUGCUGUGUGAUUUCCUCAUGGUAAUUCUGAAAGAUCUCUUGGUUCAGAGACCUGAUUUGAAACUGGUUCUCAUGUCUGCUACACUAAAUGCAGAGCAGUUCUCGGAAUACUUUGGAAAUGCUCCAAUGAUGAAUAUUCCUGGGUUUACAUAUCCUGUGAAGGAAUAUCUACUGGAAGAUGUCAUUCAAAUGCUCACGUACCAUCCAUCAGAGUUCCAUAUAAAAAGAAAGCCCCAACAAAAACGACUGUAUGGCAAGAAGAGAUACGAACAAAUGGAAGAACAGAUGCGGGAAGAGGAAGAGAUGGAGCAGUUCCUGGCCACAUUAAGUGCCAAAGGGUACAGUUCUGAUACAUUGGAAACAUUACGUAAUGUGGACAAUACUAGGAUUGACUUGGACCUUGUGGCAGAGUUGAUACGUCAUAUAUCUAUGCAGGGUGACGAGGGAGCUAUUCUGGUCUUUGUACCAGGGUGGGAAGAGAUCAAGACUUUAAAGCAAAUCUUAGACAAAGAUGGCAUGUUCUCACCCGACAUGUUCAGGAUCAUACCCCUACACUCUCUAAUGCCAACUAUCAACCAGAAACAGGUGUUCCAGCGCCCACCUCCAGGAGUAAGAAAGAUUGUCAUUGCAACUAACAUUGCAGAAACUAGCAUCACCAUAGAUGAUGUUGUACAUGUGAUUGACACAGGGAAAAUAAAGAUGAAGGAUUUCAAUCCAGAGAAGAACAUAGCAACAUUAUUGCCACGGUGGGUGAGCAGAGCCAAUGCUAGACAGAGGCGAGGUAGAGCAGGAAGAGUACAGCCAGGUGUGUGCUAUCAUCUGUACACAGGCCUUGAUGAGUCCAAGUUUGAUGACUACCAGCUACCUGAGAUACUCCGUACAAGAUUAGAGGAACUAUGCUUACAAAUAAAGCUGUUGAAACUUGGCAAGAUUGAACCAUUCAUUAGGAAAGCUAUGCAGGUCCCCUCGAUGGAAGCGCUACAUGUCUCAAUACAAUUAUUAGAAGAUAUUAAUGCCCUUGAUGAUAACGAAGACUUGACUCCUCUUGGUUAUCACUUGGCCAAGAUGCCUGUGGACCCUCAGACUGGAAAGAUGAUCUUAUACGGUGCAUUGUUUGGCUGCCUGGACCCUAUACUCACCAUAGCAGCCAGCCUCAGCUUCAAAGAUGCUUUCUACAUACCCAUGGAGGAGCAGAAAAAGGCUGACCAACAGAGGCAGGAAUUAGCAGAUGGUUGCCGUAGUGACCAUAUCAUGUUGGCUCGUGCCUUCAGUGGGUGGGAGGAGGCAAAGCAAAGGGGUACAGACCGUCACUACUGCUACAACUACUUCCUAUCGGCUAAUACUUUAAAGAUGUUAUCUGAUAUGAAGAGACAGUUUGCAGAUCUGUUACUUGAGCUUGGUUUUCUCAGUAAUAGAAAUGCUAAACACCCAUCUGUCAAUGCUAACUCAGGAAAUGAUGAAUUGAUACGUGCAGUACUAUGUGCAGGACUUUACCCGAAUGUAGCAAAACUCAGGAAGCUUGGCAAAGGGGGCAGGCCGACUGUUCUAUCAACAAAGACCGAGCGAAAAGUGUGUAUCCAUCCAAAGUCGGUAAAUGCCAAUGAGAAAGAGUUUGAAUCUCGAUGGUUUAUAUUCCACCUAAAGAUGAAAACUACAAAUGUGUAUCUGUAUGACCUCUCGGAGACGUCUCCCUUUCCCCUGCUGUUCUUUGGCGGCAUGAUAUCUUCAGAUGUAGGGAAACAAUCGGCACAGUCACUUGUACCUGUAAGUGUUGAUGAAUGGAUCGACUUCAAUGCUUCACCUGCUACUGCCAAAAUUGUAAAGGAGCUGAGGUAUGAGUUUGACGCUUUGCUAGAGUACAAGAUAACCCACCCAUGUGUUACAGACUGGAACCCCAGGAGUAAGGAGGGGGCCCUUAUGAGGGCCAUUAUAAGUCUCAUAACAACAGAGAUGAAGAUAACCACUGAAGAACAUAAACAAAUGACUCAGAACUAUGAUGAUGAUUGAGUUAUGUACAUGUUCACUGUACCAAAGUGUGCUAACUGUAGAAUGUACAGUAUGUCCAUAUGGACAUGGACAUGGGAGUCAAUGGAU